UCUCAACCUUCCAAAAGCAGCGAUGGAAGAGACGAGCCGCAAAGCGGAGACAAUGGACAUCCUGGGACAUAACGGUUCCAAUGCGGAUGAAUUGACCAAUGACCGCUAUCCUAAAAAGGGGGCAAUCCUGGUGGAUGGUGUGGUCUUGAAUGGGCCUCUUCUGGAUGCAAAAGCAGGAGAGAAGUUUGUUGAGGAGGCAUUCCCAAUCAUCAUGGAAGAUGCCAUAAAGAAAGCAACUGAUGUCAAUGAAAAGGUCUGUGAAUGGCAGCCUCCAGAAGAGCUUAUGAAACUUCUCGACCUGGAAUUGAGGGAUACAGGAGAACCUCAUCAUCAGCUGCUCCAAUAUUGUCGUGAUGUUAUCAAGUAUAGUGUGAAAACAGGCCAUCCAAGAUUCUAUAACCAGCUGUAUGCUGGGAUGGAUCAUUAUUCUCUUGUAGCCCGUUUUAUCACAGAAGCCCUCAAUCCUAGCAUCUACACUUAUGAGGUUGCACCAGUCUUUGUUCUCAUGGAGGACGUAGUUUUAAAGAAGAUGCGGGAGCUUAUAGGCUGGACAGAAGGAGAUGGUAUCUUCAGUCCUGGGGGCUCUGUUUCUAAUAUGUAUGCUGUCAAUCUCGCUCGGUACAAGUGCUGUCCAGACUUAAAGGAGACUGGACUUUCAGGUUCACCUCCUUUGGCAAUGUUUACAUCUGAGGAGAGUCACUACUCUGUGAAAAAAGCUGCUGCCUUCCUUGGAAUUGGCACUCGAAACGUCUACAUGGUGAAAGCUGACAAAAGAGGGAAGAUGAUUCCAGAAGAGCUGGAGAAAGACAUCCAAAAAGCCAAGAAAGAAGGGGCUUUGCCUUUUAUAGUCGUUGCCACUGCAGGAACCACAGUUCUGGGAGCAUUUGACCCUUUAAGUGAGAUUGCAGACAUUUGUGAAGCACAUGGGAUCUGGUUCCACGUUGAUGCAUCGUGGGGCGGUGGUGCAUUGAUAUCCAAAAAACAUCGUUCUCUUCUGAAUGGUAUCCACAGAGCUGACUCUGUGGCCUGGAACCCACACAAGAUGUUAAUGGCCGGUAUCCAGUGCUGUGCUUUUCUUCUGAAGGACAACACCGGUUUAAUUGACAGAUGCCACUGUGGACAGGCUAGGUACCUCUUCCAGCAGGAUAAGUUCUACAAUGUUGAUUAUGAUAAAGGUGACAAGUCGAUUCAGUGCAGCCGGAGGGCCGAUGCUUUCAAAUUCUGGUUGACAUGGAAGGCUGUUGGAUCAAGUGGACUGGAGGAGAGAGUCAACCGGGCUUUUGCAUCUGCCAGAUAUUUGGCUGAUGAAAUUAAGAAGAGGAAAGAAUUCCGACUGCUUAUGGAGCCGGAGUACACAAAUGUCUGCUUUUGGUACAUCCCACUCAGCCUUAGGAAUGUGCCCGAGGAUCAGGAUUUCUGGAAGAAGCUUCACCUGGUUGCACCAGUAAUCAAGGAAAGGAUGAUGAAGAAAGGCAGUAUGAUGGUGGGUUACCAACCUCAUCGUGACAAAGUCAACUUCUUCCGUCAAAUCAUCAUUAGUCCCCAGGUCAGCCGUGAGGAUAUGGACUUUAUUCUCAAUGAAAUUGACUGCCUGGGGAAGGAUUUAUAAUUUGGAUUUAAAGGGUAGAUGAUAAGUUAUGUUUACAAUUACAUUACUGGAAAGAGUUUGAAGUUAUUCAAAGUUUAGAUUAGAAAA